CGCACCGCUCAGUCCGUAAACCGCCGUACACGCAGUCGCUUCUCUUCAGUCGAUUAACCGCCGCGGUCAGAUUCGGUUCACUCCAUAGCUGUACUUGCUCGCAACACGGCACAACAGUUGUUAUACAUACAACCGCAAUCAGUAUACGUUUUAACGGGCGCAGUGUUAUCGUCUCUCGUCCGAGUAGAAUAAACUCGUAUUAUCGUUCUUGCGUGCCAAUUGUCCGAGUACUAUUAAAAUUGUGUUUUGUUCUCGUUUUGCCGAAACAAAGCGUCGCGCGCGUUAAGGAUUUAUAAUUUUGUUUUUUUUUUUUUUUUUGGUUUUUCGACUCGCGCGUGUUGAAAACGAAUCGAUCAAAAUUAUUUUCCACAGCUCAAUCAUAACGAAAACGAAACGCGCCGAUAAAAUUGAUAAAAAAAUGGAAGUCGUACCUCCGUAUUACAUACAACCGUCGUAUCCGGUCCAUUCCACUCUUGGAAUCUUAAAACUGGAGGAUAUCGAGUCGGAAACCAGUGCUUUCAAAGCCUUACACCAACGACUUGAAGAAGAAUUGCGGGCUGCUAAACGGGCGCAACUGUCGUGCGGUGAAGUUCUACUACCGCCCGACUUGCUCCGGCGGAUAGCCCACGACGUUCUUAAGAUGGCCGAAAGCGAACCCUGUGGUCUCAGAGGAUGCACCUUGUACCUGAAUUUCGAAGGCGAACAAGAGUGUCGGAAAAUCGGUACAAUCAAAUGCGACACUAACACGGUGUCCACUUUUGAGCUAUUCCUUACACUCAAACAAGACCCUAAAAAUACAUGGUCACUCAUUCCAUUAUUCAUUAGGAAUCUGACGAAAGGUGGCACUAUAGUGAUUGAUCGCGAAUUCACUAUAGAAAAAAGGAAGCUGUACAGGUCUUUUUUAGAAUAAGGAGCGUCGGAUGUCCGGCGCCGUCAAACGCCAAAUCCUCCACCACCUCCUUCUCAUUGACAGUAUCUCAUGAAAAUACCAUCACCACCACAACUAAAAAUCCAACUUCAAGUAGUCAUACUACCGUUAGUGCUCGUACCACCAAUAACACCACCGCCCUCGAUGUGAAUGAGAGAGAGCCAAGACUGAUCCCCUCGGAACAGCCUGUGCGAUACAAGACACAAAAUACGCGUUAAUACUAGUAGCAGUAGCAGCGCAUCGUAAGUCGUCGUCGAUUAUUACUAAUUAAAAAACAACAAAAAA